UUCCAUGGCGGUGCAAGCUUACUAGGGCUUGAAUUGUAUUCGCUUUCUUUGCCUCCAUUCUCUCGCCCCACCUUCCGCCCUCUAUUUUGAUCGAAUUCGUAGGCUCUCUCAUGCUUUUUGGAUUGAUUGGGGGAUUCGACGGUGUGACGAUGCCCACCGCCGACUUCCAGGGCUCAUCGGUCCCGUUCGCGUUCUCCGCCCUCUCGAUCCUGAGCUUCCGGUACGAUCACCCCGUCAACCCACCCGUGGAUACCCACCAGUGCAACCACGAUGCCUGCGGAGAGCAGCGGGAGCUCGUCGCCUUCCAGCGGCAGGUCGCCGACCUCUUCCACGACCUCGCCGCCGGGGAUGACGAGAUCCUUUCCGUCGCCUGGAUGCGGCGGCUUCUCGACACCUUCCUCGUGUGCCAGGAGGAGUUCCGGGUGGUCCUCUUCGGCCACCACCGAUCUCCGGUUCCCGUCGACCGUCUCGUAUCGGACUUCUUCGAUCGCGCCGUGAAGGCGCUCGACGUCUGCAACGCCGUGCGCGACGGCGUCGAUCAGAUGCGGCACUGGAGGAAGCACCUCGAGAUCGUGCUGGUGGCCCUCGGCCCGCAGCAACAGCAUCUCGGCGAGGGGCAGCUCCGCCGGGCCAAGAAGGCUCUCGCCGAAGUUGCCAUCCUCAUGUUCGACGAGAAGGACGUUAGCUCGGUACCUUCCCACAACGGCGGAUUGCCGUCUUCAUCAUCCAGUGGCGACCGCAGCUCACAUUUCCGCUCUCUCUCCUGUACCGUCUCCCGGUCCUGGUCCGCGGCGCGGCUGCUGCAGGCCAUCGGGAGCAACCUGAUCGUACCUCGCAGAAAUGAGGUCGUGGCGACGGCCGAUCUCGCUGUGCCUAUGUACACGAUGAGCUCGGUGCUCCUCUUUGUGAUGUGGGCCCUCGUGGCGGCGAUCCCCUGCCAAGAUCGUGGUCCUCAGAUAAACUUUUCCAUCCCGCGGAGCUUCCUCUGGGCAGCCCCGAUCAUGUUGCUCCACGAGAGGAUCUUGGAGGAGUCCAAGAAAAAGGACAGGAAGCACUCCGCUGGGCUGUUGAAGGAGAUUGAGAAGAUUGACAAGUGCGUGCACCACUUGAGGGAGCUGAUCGAUGCCGUCCAGUUCCCGAUGACAGAGGAGGAGGAGGUGGAGGUGAUGCAGGGAGUGCAGGAGCUGGCCCAAGUCUGCGAGGUUUUGAAGGAGGGUCUUGAUCCGGUGGAGCGACAGGUGAGGGAAGUCUUCGUUAGAAUUGUAAGAAGCCGUAAGGAAGGGCUCUGUUUGUUGAACGGGGCUGAAUGAGAACAUCAGACCGAGAUCUCAUCAUCUACAAUGGUGCAACAUUGGUGCUCCUUAGUGAUCGACUUUGUCGUAGUUUGAUUUUUCUGAUCUGCAUAUGGUCAGGGCAUGUGAAGACAAUUAUCGAAUAGAAGGAAUGGCUUCUUUUGUAAAAAGGAAGCAUAUUAGUUCUAUUUCAAAUUAUGGUCCUCUUAA